CUUUCGCUUCGCUGCAGCUAGCAGCUCCGGAUAGCGCCGAGCAGUGAGAGUGUGUGACAGCAAAGUUUGUCACGGAGAACAUUUGUGCGUCCGGCAGCCUCGUGUGUGUUUCAGAUACACUUGAGGGCACGUCGUGCUCAGCAGGAAGCUGUGUCACAGAGAGGAGACGAGGGGAAACUGUGUGCCAUGUAAAUGCCGCUGACUCCAAUGUCUGAUAGGCCAUGAUAGGCUUGCGAGUUAUGCAGGGGUUAUGGAAAGUCUAUUGAAUUGUGCUGAAGAGCAGCAACCCUCCUCUCCCCUGGCCAAGGCAUUGUCCAAGAAGCAGGAACCGAGCAACGAUCCAAAGCCAAAAGGUGUUGGUGGAUUUGUUUUAGUGCAUGCAGGAGCAGGAUACCACUCUGAAUCCAAGGCCAAGGAGUACAAGCAUGUGUGCAAAAGAGCAUGCCAGCGAGCUGUGGACCAGCUCAAAGCCGGGGCUCUUGCAGUGGAAGCAGUGGCUGCAGCGCUGGUUGAACUUGAGGAUUCUCCUUUUACAAACGCGGGCAUGGGCUCCAACCUGAACUUGUCAGGGGAAAUUGAAUGUGAUGCAAGUAUCAUGGAUGGGAAGUCGCUACAUUAUGGAGCUGUUGGUGCUAUUAGCGGUAUUAAGAACCCAGUCUUGGUUGCAAACCGUCUAAUGACUGAAGCACAGAAAGGGAAACUCUCAGCCGGCAGAAUACCACCCUGCUUUUUAGUGGGGCGAGGCGCACACGACUGGGCCGUCAGCCAUGGAAUACCACCAUGGCCCUCAGAGAAAAUGGCCACCAAGUUCAGUUUGUCUGCGUACAAGAGGAACAAGCGGAAGAUGGAGCUGGCAGAGAAAAUGGACACAGGAGAGAAUCAGAAAAAGAAACGAAGACAAUCAAGUGAAAACACGAGUUCUGUGGAGAAUGGUUCUGGGUGUCUCGACACUGUGGGAGCUGUUGUGGUCGACCUGGAAGGGAAUGUAGCUGCAGCAGUGUCCAGUGGAGGCCUGGCGAUGAAACACCCUGGCAGGGUCGGCCAGGCUGCCCACUAUGGAUGUGGCUGCUGGGCUGAAAAUGCCUGUAAUAUGAACCCUUACUCCACGGCAGUGAGUACCUCAGGUUGCGGAGAGCAUCUGAUUCGCACCAUGCUGGCACGGGAAUGCUCCACUGCCAUGCAGUCUGAGGAUGCCCACCAAGCACUGCUGGAUGCUAUGCAAAACAAGUUCAUCAGCUCCCCCUUUCUGGCCAGUGAAGACCGUGUUUUGGGCGGAGUGAUUGUCCUGCGGUGCUGCAGAUGUGUCGAAACCCAGCCAUCUCAAAAUAUUCAGGGUAUACUGGUGGAGUUCCUCUGGAGUCACACCACAGAGAGCAUGUGUGUUGGCUACAUGUCGGCCCAAGAUGGCAAAGCUAAGACACACAUAUCCAGAUUACCACCCGGGACUGUUCCCGGACAGUCCUUGGCCAUUGAGGGAGGUGUGUGCCGACUGAUGAGCGUAGUGGAGUGAGCCACAUCCGCCCUCCUGGGCUUCUUCAGCAAUACUCCAAAACAUACCCUUUCACCCACACACAGCCACACACAAAAACGCGCACACAUGCACACACCACCCUCACCCCCACCGCCUUAGCUGUUUAUAACUAGAGCAUGACCGAUACUGGAUGUUAAGACGGUUACAGAUUUUUUAGGGAGCAAAAAAUUCUAAUAUCAAUAUAUCCACUAAAGUUCAUAUUCUGUACACAACCACAAAUGCUCUACACUUUAUGUAUAGCAUUCAGUAGGACAAUUGUGUGUUCCUUGCUGGACAUACGGACGCUUGUCCCAGCAGCGCGAAGAGUGAAAGGGAUACAGAUGCUAUGCAGAGGAGGGUAAAAACUUUAUGGUUGUUUUGACCAUUCACCAACAUGCUCAGAGAGAGAUAGAGAGACAGAGCGAGCGAGCGAGCAAUGCUCGUCUUUAAUGUUAUUAUGAGAAGUGUUCAAAAUGUUCCAAAGCAUCUUUUUCCGCAUAUUGUUUUGUAAAAAUACAUUUUCACAUUAGGGCAUAUCAGAUGCCCUUUCUGCGAGUAUAUCUGUGAUUGGCCGAUAUCAGCUGAUGAAAUCUGUUGACCGACCAAUCGGUCGGGCUCUAGUUCUAACAGGUGUCUAGAAAGGACGGAGGGGGCUUAGCUUCUAUUUAGUGCACUUACGUGACUUCCGUUUGCCACUGUCUGCCUCCAGCAUGUACUCUAUGCCAAUUUACUCCCAGGCACUUCAGUGUCACCUGGAUUUGACUUGAUGGUACAUGUCUUUCUUUGUUACUCUUUUCCAACUAAAAGUAUCGUCCUUCCUUUUGUAUAUAAGCUAUGAGGAUUUAGAAAAACAGGGUGGAUGAACGUUUUAUUUUGUAUCGCUGAGCAGAUUUGACUAUUUUCAAAAGCAAGAUUGUAUUUUGUUCUCAAAAUACUUUUCAUAGUUAAAAAAAUAUGUCUGAUUGCACCUUGUGGAAAGCCUGCUACUCAAAACAAUUGUUAGGAAUGGAGCAUUUGUAGCUGCAACAGUUAAUGACGAUAACAGCAUUUUUACAAUGUUAACAUGUACAGACCAGCUUCCAUGUACUCGUGUAGGUAUAUAUUGAUAUUAAGAUAUUAAUCCUGCAGCUUUACACCAUACUGUAACAUAAUGUGCAUCUUAGGUCAUGAUGAGUUUUGUAACAUUUUCAGCCUUUGAAUGCUUUGCUUUGAUUGUUUUAAAAAUGUGAAUGCAUAAGUAUAGCAUGUGUGGAUUCUAUAGCACGCCACUGAGGCAGAUGAAGAAGCAGGAAGCUAUUGGAUAUAUAUAUAUAUAUAUAUCACACACAUGCACAUAUCUGUGUGGUUGUUUGUGUGUCCGUGUGUAUGCAUACUGUUUGUGUGUAAAUACAUAGACAUACAGUAUAUAUACACAUCUUUGUGUAGAUGUGUGUACAUACAAUAAUGUAUAUAUAUAUAUAUAUACAUUUGUGUGUGUGUAUAUAUAUGUGUUUGUGUGUGUACAGAAUAUAUACACUAUAUAUAUGUAGUAUAUAUACUGUGUGGAACACAAACUGUAUGUGUGUGAGAAAAGUACAUAUAUAUAUAUAUAUAUAUAUAUAUAUAUAUAUAUAUAUAUAUAUAUAUAUAUAUAUAUAUAUAUAUAUAUAUAUAUAUAUAUGUAGUGCACAUGUAUAGUGCUCAGGUAGCAGCAUUUGACCCCACCGUCAGACAUGACUGUUAGUCAUCAGCUAUAUCAGAUAACAGUUUAUAUUUGUAUAGUCACACUGACAGAGACACUUAUUUUCUUGCUAAUCUAAUUUAUGUAUCAAGUCCAUGAAAUGGUGCUGUUGAGAAUUGUACUUGAAAGGAGAAAUGGCCUAAAUUGAUUUCUUCUGUAGGGAUUAAUCAGUUUCUCUGGUUUGCUGUUUCACCCAUAAAUAAAAUACAGUCUCAACAAAUAUUCUUUACUUGAAAAUGCAACUAAUAUAAAAUAGUAUAAGCUAUGGAAAUGGUCAAAUGUGCACCUCUGUCUACAGUGUUCAAAAAGUAAAUAAAGUUUAUGUUACUACA